AUGCCUCGACAAUCCAAACCCUCUGAGCUCUCCCUGCAAGCACAAAAUGGUUCCAGCAAAACCAUUGCGACGGGCGCCAACAACAGUCCUGGCGUGAACUUGCAGGGCGUCGACUUGGGCUCCUUUGGCGGCGGCUUCGAACACGACGUGGCCUCCGGUCUGACACCCCUUCCGCCGCAAUCCGCUCCCCAAUCACCGCCCGGCUCGCCGAGAUUGCAACACGGACAGAGCAGAGACUCUUCCAAGACGUUCUUGAGCAACUUCAAGAACAGAAUAUCGCCCGACAGCGAGCAGAAGCAGAAGAAGGAUUCACGGCAAGGAAGCAGUGAAGAUUCGGAGUACAGACCUAGUACCAGCAGCAUGUCGAAGGUGUAUCACCUGCGGAACAACCCUGGAAGCACGCCCGAGUUGAGCCUGGUAGGCAGCAACGAGAAUACGGGCAAGGAGCAAACACCAGGUAAGUGAAACGUUUAUUACUGUGAUGAGUCGGCAGCGAGCAGAGCAGAGAUCAUGGAGCUAGAGCAGCGGUGCCCUAUCGGUGUAUACAACGUGAGAGAUCGGAGGUCUUCUACUGGUCGCGUGAGCAUGCCUAUGAUUCUGUGACUAGCGCGCCGGCCUCAAUCGACCGCUUUCAUAUACGACUUCGACUUUGCAAUGAACAACGUUGACUGGCGAGGUAUGGCAGCGACAGUAACACCGCCAAUGGCAACCGCUGACGCCGGAUGAGGAGAUGUUCAUUGCUACGUUAUUUUUCGGAUAACGCACAAGAUGGACGACUUGCUGACGUGUUUCUAUCUAGGUGACAACGCGCCAACAUUGCCAGGCCCACGGCCGGCUCCAACUUCGCAACGCAGCGAAGACAGCACAGCAUCUAAACGCCGGGACAAGGUACCAUUCGGCUUCGGUCGUGGCAACGUGUCACGAUCCAAAUCGAUCUCCAAAUCCGCCACGCGCAGAGAUUCAGAUUCCAAGUCAUCAAGGCCACGCGUGAACGGCGACUCAUAUGAGAACCAGCCUCCACCGAACACCGCACCUCUUCAAUUGGACUCGUCUGGACCUAACAUGGGAGCACUGAGUUUGCCAAGCAGAGGCAAAGAUGGUGACAAGCGUGGAAAGUCCGUAGAGCGCGCACCUGCCAACGCCAGCGAGGAGAACUUGUCGAGACCUGGCAAAGAACAGAGGGGCAGUCAUUUCAAGAUGGGAGGCGUUAUGAACAACGCCAAGUCUACUGGCGGUAGACUGUUUGGUCGUCUCGGCUUGAAGCGAAGCGACAGCGACGAUAAGAAGAAGGAGAGGGAUAUCCCAGACAGCGAGUAUCAGCUCAAGGUCAUUAAUUUGCCGCUUAUCGAGCAGACCCGCGCGACCCGCAUCAGCAAGCAUCUCUCGGGCUGCAAGGACAAGACGGAAUACUGGAUGCCCAGCCUUCCGUGGAGGUGCAUCGAGUGAGUGAAUCUCCAAAAUGCUGCCUGAGGCACAAUGCUAACCGUCUCCAGCUAUCUCAACACCAAUUGCGAAGAGGAAGGACUCUAUCGCAUCCCCGGCAGUGGCCCACAGGUCAAGCACUGGCAGCGUCGCUUCGAUACCGAGCUCGAUAUUGACCUGCUGUCCGAGGAAGUGCGCGAUACGAACGAGAUUGCCAGUAUGCUGAAGGCCUGGCUGCGUGAGCUGCCGACCGAGAUCAUGCCGCAAGACCUCCAGCAGAAUCUCGCGGCGGAGCUGGAGAAGGAGAACCCGCAAUACAAGAAUGUCGGCCAGCCAGCGUCGCAGAAGCUCCGCGAUGCUCUCUCCGAGCUUCCACCCUUCAACUACUACCUGCUGUUUGCAAUCACUUGCCACCUCAGCCUCUUGCUCACCAACAAGGAUCGCAACAAGAUGGACCUGAACAAUCUCGCCGUCUGCGUUGGACCGUGCCUUCACCUUGAACGCUGGCUCUUCAACUACUUGGUCGGCGACUGGCGUCAUUGCUGGCAGGGCUGUUACACGGAGAAGGAAUACUUACGGACGGAAGAGCUCCACGAGGCAGGCUUCGAUGCCGAUGAGGCAGUCUCCGUCCAGAGCGAGGCCGUCGACAGCAAGCCGGCCAGUGCUCACGACGAUUUCCCCAAGAUGAACCAGAACCAGCCCCACCACCACCAUCGCAGCCGUAGCGAGAAUGCCUCGUGA